UUCCGAAAGGCUAUCAAGGUUAUUCACAAUAAUCCCUUGGAUUGCGAAGACUCGCUACGGCUGGAUCUCGAGCUCCUGUCAUUAGGACUCAUACUCUUCUGAAUCAUCAAUUGUCCUUUCAGUGCAUGUCGAUAGCCCAGCUUUCAGCAUCGUCCAAGGAUUGAAUUUUUCGCACAAUUUGUGGUGAGCAUUCAUAGUUAUAAGACAUGAGCUCGGAUGCUCGAGGGCCCGGACGAGAAGGAUGAUUGGCCUUGCCCCUCAUUCACGGACUACCGCUGUCGAGGUAGAUGUUCUUGUCAUUGGAGCCGGCCCCGUUGGCCUGGCAUCUGCUCUCCUGGCUCACAAGGUUGGCUUGUCUUGCGUAACAGUCAACAAGUCUGAUGGCCCUCUCAAAUCGGGUCGAGCGGAUGCUAUGAAUGCUCGGACUUUGCAACUACUUGAACUGCUUGGUUAUGGCAUAUUCGAGGAAUUGCACGCCAAGGGUCUCCACUGUAGCACGAGCCCCACGUGGAAGAAUGGCGAAUUCACCUCCAGGCAGAACGCAUGGUGGAAAGCGCUUCAAGGAUCUGAGCACAAACACCUUCUCGUGCUUGGUCAACCUUACCUCGAGGAAAUUCUUGACAGGAAUCUCACAGCAGUUGGGAAACCCGUUGAGCGUGGCGUCACUGUGCUUGAAGUGGGGCUUGAUGACGAUCCAAGCGCUCGACUAACAUGGGCCAAGCUUUUGUCAAAAACAGGAAUAGAGUCCUUGGUACGAGCAAAGUAUCUCAUCGGAGCAGAUGGAUCCCAUUCCCUAGUUCGCAAGUCUUUCCCUGAGCAUUUUAUCCUCGAGCCUAUCGGUGAUGGCACCGAGAUGACGUGGGCCGUUCUCGAUGGCGAAGUCGAUACAACUCCCUCGUGAAUCAGAAAUUAUCAACUUCCAAGUGGAUACAAGCGACGUAGCAAGAAUGCCUCGCGAGGG